AUGCAUCUACCUCUCCUUUCGUUCUUACUAGCUAUGCUAGCAGCUACAUCGACGGCUUACAACUGCUACAGCUAUCCCUUUCCGCUCAAUGGCAUCUGGGUACCUGGUCAGAAUAUUUCCAUUCCUGACAACAGUGUCCAAAAGUCUAUCGACAACAGCCCCGAUGGCAUGGGCAGCGCUCACAUCUGGGGUAAUCCUGAGGGCCCCAUUCCUUGGGAACGCGAUGAGAACAACCUCUUUACUAUCAAGUACUGCUUCAUCCGCGACUAUGACCGCCGCCAUUUGGCCGACAUGUUCGAAACCGCUAUCGAGGAGUGGUGGAACGAGAUUGGUCAAGCGGGUUCACAUUCUGGUCAUGGUCUCGCCAUAAAGGAGCUCACUGACGAGAAUGGCACCCCUGUGUACUGCAUGGACGGCUCCGCCGAGGACAAGUGGAACAAGAACGUUCCAUACGACACCCUCCCUAUUGAAUUCACUGGUGGCCAAGAGGGAUCAUGCUCCAGCACUAUCGGUCUGCGGCGUACUAAACCGCCAAAACCGUGGAACAUGCGAUUGUCCAUUGACAGUCCAAGUCUCAUCCAGGACACUAUGCACGAGCUGGGUCAUGUGUUUGGUAAGUCGACACCCCACACUUUGAUUCACUUCUCGUUGAUUCUUCGCAGGCAUGGAGCAUGA